GAUAGGACGCCUUUUCAAUGGCACGGAGCCCAUUGUCCUGGACAGUUUAAAGCAGCACUACUUCAUUGACCGAGAUGGAGAAAUUUUCCGAUACGUCCUCAGUUUCCUCAGGACAUCGAAACUCCUGCUCCCCGAGGAUUUCAAGGAUUUCAGCCUGUUAUAUGAAGAGGCAAAGUUUUAUCAGUUACAGCCCAUGGUGAGGGAGCUGGAGAGGUGGAAACAAGAGAAAGAACUUCGUAAAUCCUCACAGCCCUGUGAAUGCCUGGUGCUGAGGGUGACCCCUGACCUUGGGGAGCGGAUCAGCCUGAGUGGAGAGAAAUCCUUGAUUGAGGAUAUUUUCCCGGAGACCGGGGAUGUGAUGUGUAACUCCGUCAACGCUGGCUGGAACCAGGACCCCACACACGUCAUCCGCUUUCCCAUCAAUGGUUACUGCCGCCUCAACUCAGUCCAG